AGCAGACAACAUACGCAUACAAACAAAGCGCUCUCAAUUUGCAGCCCGCUACGCUCCGUGUGGAAAUCGGAACGAUCCCGGUCUUAUUGCCGUGACGGAAAUGGCCGACGCCGUUAGAAUUGACGGAGAUCGUAUGCGGAAAGAGCACGCGUCCGACCCUGCCCGCCGCGACAAGAUUAGCCGGAUCCUCACGAGCCUCGGCAAGUUCGCCGUUGAUUCCGCCGUUGAGGAGUCUCUCAAAGCCGAUACCGGUAGGAAGAAAGUGCAUAAGAUCGUGCAGGAAGGAUUCAUGCGUCAAUGGCCGACACCCUCUUUAAAUGACAAGAAGAAACCAGAAGAUCUUAAACUAGAAAUGGAGGAGCUGCAAGCAAAGGAGUUAAUGCAGGAAGACAUGAAUAAAGUCGAGCAAGGAAAUAAGAUAUCAGCCAAGUCUGCCAACGGAUCAGAGGAUCCAGAGCCUCUGAAGAAGAUUCCAAAUGAAGGCAACAAGGAAUCAGAUCUUCUGAAAACGGAUAAGAAAAGAGUUUUUCUUCGUUCCCGGCUAUAAAAUGGUGUUGAGUUUGGUGACCUUGAUGCCUGGCACGUUGCAAAUUGAACUGUUAUCAUGUGACGGACAUCAAAAUAACAUAUUGAGGAGUUGUAUAUGGAUUCUACAUCUACCACGCGCUCUUUUUUCUGCCCCAAUGUCAUCUGUUUGUAGAAAUCUGAAAAACUAUAGUAUAUGUUCUUGUUUUCUUUUGGUAGCAGCCUUCGUAUCAGUUGAACUGUUGGGCUAAAUCUGAGUGCAGGGCUCUUCGUUGAUUCAAGGCUGAAAUGGAAUAUAUUCGUAUCUGAAUUCAAGCAUAA